AUGGGGCAGAAAUCUCACGAUAUUGCCAGCCUGACUACAAAGGCUGUGGCAUCCAUUGAUACAUACCAAGCGACUCAGACUGAGCAGACCCGACAAGAUGCGCUUGCAAGUGCUAUCAGCCUCGUGAGAGCUCUGGAAACCCCUGGAGAUGCAAUUUAUAAACUAUUUGCUUCGCCCGCCAUUCUUAUGGCUGUGAAGACUGCCAGUGAUCUGAACAUCUUCACUACUUUAUCCGACAGGACGUCCCCAGUCUCUUGGAAAGAGCUGGCCGGACCGAAAAACGCAGAUAUUCAACUUGUUGAACGUAUUAUGCGUGUUCUUGUUUGCUACGAUUUUGCUAGUGAAGUGGGCUCUGGUCAAUAUAUGCCUACCGAACUGUCGAGGAAGAUGACGGAGAGGAAAGCGAUUGGAACCAUGGACUCACUUUUUGUCGACUUUUUACCCAUUAUUCAGAAAACACCAGAAUUCUUCCAAAAGUCGAACUACAAGAAUCCUGGGGAUCCCAAUGGAGGGCCACUUCAACAUGCCUAUAACACCACCGACUCUUGCUGGGACUGGUUAGCCAAGAAUCCAGAUGCUCUAGGCCGUUUUAAUACCUUCAUGGAAGGCGGCCGAGAUGACACAUCUCACUGGGCAGAUUGGUUUCCCGUUCAAGAGCGAUUACUAGACAGGUUAUCGCCCGAUCGUCCGUUGCUUGUUGACGUCGGCGGAGGCCGUGGUCAUGACCUCGAGGGGUUCAAGCAAAGAUUCCCUGUUGAAGCUGGGAAGCUCGUACUUGAAGAUUUGCCUUCGGUAAUUGACGACAUCCAAAAUCUCGACGGUGGCAUACAAAGGAUUAAGCAUAGCUUUUUCGAGCCUCAGCCAGUUAAAGGUGCUCGCGCUUACUACUUUAAGCACAUUAUGCAUGAUUGGUCUGAUUAUAAUUGUCAGGUUAUACUCAGGCACAUUACAACUGCCAUGGAGAGAGGGUUUUCAAAGAUCUUGAUUGAGGAUUAUAUUAUCCCUGACCAAAAUGCCAGGCUAAAGGAGACACUGACUGAUAUGAUUGUUAUGGUGUGGUGCCCAGGAAUUGAGCGGACUCGUCAGAGAUGGACGGAGCUUUUGGAGUCAGUAGGACUAAGAGUCAUAAACUUCUGGCUGCCUGAUGGGUACCAUAAAGGCAUCAUUGAAGCCGAACUGCAGUAG